CAGGUUGGCCUCAAGAGUGUCAUCUACAUUUCUGUACGAAUGACCAAAUAUUUGAAUUGUUAAUGCAGAAUGUCCCAGUUUUAGAAGGUUAAUUUUCAUAUUAUAGGAUUGAAAAUUCCGCAGUCAUUUUAGAAUCGGAUCAUUUUUACAAAAAUCUCUUUUUAUUGCGGGGUGGAGGCCGAAGCGGAAACGUUCACACCAAAGGCGCUGUGUUCUCAGUGUUCGUGUUGUAAGCGAACAGUUAGAAGUGAGUUUGACCUAUAAGUUAGCUCCCGAAGAUCAAUUACUCAAAAGGGUAGCUUCAGUUUCCAUUUUCCAAAUUGUAGGGAGCAGAAAGAUGCAAUCUUGUUCAUAAUCUGAAGCUAAGUUGUUAGAAUAAGACAGCCAACAAUGCGGACUCUAGUUCAGAAACUACUGCCCAGAACAACGUUCAAGCAGGUUGUUGCUUUCCGGACAUAUUGUACUGAUAAGAUACUUGACAUUGGACAGCCUACAGCUGCUUCUCAUCCAGAGUUGAUGAAAGAAGGGGAAAUCACCCCAGGAAUAACUGCAGAGGAAUACAUUACGAGAAGAAAAAGGUUGCUGGAGCUUCUACCUGAGGAUAGUUUGGCCAUUAUUGCAGCUGCGCCGGUGAAAAUGAUGACUGAUGUGGUGCCUUACACAUUUCGACAAGAUUCUGAUUACUUAUAUGUCACUGGAUGUCUACAACCCGGUGGUUUGGCAGUUCUGAGUCAUGACUUUGGAUUGUGCAUGUUCAUGCCUGAAACAAAGCCUUAUGAUGUUCUUUGGAAUGGGAAAAUUGCAGGAGUCGACGAAGCAUUGGAAUUUUUCAAGGCUGAUGAAGCAUAUCCAUUGAGAAAGAUGCGUGAGAUACUUCCGGAUAUUAUUAGGAGGUCCUCAAAGUUGUUUCAUAAUUCGAUUACUGCCAGUCCAGCUUAUGUGGAUUUGGAGGCCUUCCAAAAAGCGGCAGAGAAUGGCCAAGUGAAAAAUAUUUCACUUUUUACUCAUGAAUUGCGGUUAACAAAAUCAACAGCAGAGAUGAAGUUAAUGAAGGAAUCUGCUUCAAUUGCUUGUCAGGCUCUUUUGCAGACAAUGAUGCAUUCAAAGACAUAUCCUCAUGAGAGUCUGUUAUCCGCAAAGGUAGAAUAUGAGUGCAGAAUGAGAGGUGCCCAACGGAUGGCAUAUAAUCCUGUGGUGGGUGGUGGCUGUAAUGGUAGUGUUAUACAUUAUUCUCGAAAUGAUCAGAAAGUCAAAGAAGGGGAUCUUGUUCUAAUGGAUAUUGGAUGCGAAUUGCAUGGUUAUGUUAGCGAUCUUACUCGUACCUGGCCCCCUUGUGGAAAGUUUUCUGCUGCUCAGGAAGAGCUUUAUGAGCUUAUACUACUUACAAACAAGGAAUGCAUAAAGCUUUGCAAACCUGGUGCUAGUAUACAGCACAUUCACAACUAUGCGACCAAAAUGCUUCGAGAAGGCUUCAAAGAGCUUGGAAUUUUGAAAAAUUCGAAAAGUGAUCUUUUCCACCAUCUAAAUCCCACUUCUAUAGGCCAUUAUCUUGGAAUGGAUGUCCAUGAUUGCACUAGGGUUGGUUAUGACCGGCCGUUGAAGCCAGGUGUUGUAAUAACAAUUGAACCGGGCGUUUACAUCCCAUCCAUUUUUCAAGGUCCAGAGAGAUUUGCUGGUAUCGGGAUAAGGAUUGAAGAUGAAGUCCUUAUAACUGAAUCGGGUUACGAGGUCCUUACAGGCUCAAUCCCAAAAGAAAUAAAUCAGAUAGAGUCAUUGCUGAACAACUUCUGCUUUGGAUCUACAAUGCAUGCCCCAAAUUUUAUGAAAGCUUCAACCUGUUGAUCAAAUGUGGACUCUUUUUAGGUGUGACAUAUUUGAGAAUGGGAGGACAAUGAUUUUAUCCAAAGUAAUACUUGAGUCUGGAUUGUUCGGGAUGAUAGUUAGGUAUUUUUGAUGUGCAAAUGGGGCAUGCAAGCAUGAUGGUGAGACAAUGGGGAUGUGGAUUUUCUGUCACUAGUCUUAGCUUGAGUAUCCACGUUGAGAUGCGACCAUUGUUAUGAGUUGCACUGGUGGAGGAUUUCAGCUAGUGGCAUCAAAAUUGACUAUAUCAUCUGUACUUUCUGUUUCAAAAGAAUUGCAAGGAGAGAACUCAUUUUGGUUUCUUAGUAUUAGUUGUGGAGUCCAUGUCCAUUGGCAACUUGUGGUAACUAUCGCACCGAAACGUUCGAGUAAAGUCGUCGAAUUUAGUAGUAACUAAGCUCACUUGAUAAAGUGGCGGAAGAGGCACCACCACCACCAUGAGGCUGCUAUUUGCACAUCACUUUCAUCUUGCUGUCAUUUCAUAUUCACCAUGGCGUACCGGUCCGACUUGAUUCAAGUAUCGUUUGGAUCCCUUCGUCUCAAUUCCCACAAGGAAUAUAUUCUGAAUCACUACUAUAAGUAGCCUUUUUGUACCAUCUAUAUACUUUAAUUCCAUUCAUGAUCAUGGACAGGUAGUUAGGAGGUUAACAGUUGGUUGGUUUUUAGGUACAAUUCAUUUCAAUUUAAUUUUCCUUGGAUCCAA